GGCUCGCGACUACCGCUCGCUCCAGCUGAGCUAAGAGGAGCGGCAGCAUCAGGGCAGGACCUGGCUCCAGCCCUUGGACUUACGGACGCCCAGCACCUUCCCUGGCGUGGGUGACCCGUUCGCACAUCACUUCUGUGUAUGCCUGGGGUGGGGAGACAAAUCCCAAACCAGCUGUGUAAAUGAGUAUGGAAGAUUAUGAUUUCCUGUUCAAAAUUGUUUUAAUUGGCAACGCUGGUGUGGGGAAGACGUGUCUGGUUCGACGAUUCACUCAGGGUCUUUUCCCCCCAGGUCAAGGAGCCACAAUUGGAGUUGAUUUUAUGAUUAAGACAGUGGAGAUUAAUGGUGAAAAAGUAAAGCUACAGAUCUGGGACACAGCAGGCCAAGAGAGGUUUCGGUCCAUUACCCAGAGUUACUACCGAAGCGCCAAUGCCUUGAUCCUCACCUACGACAUAACCUGCGAGGAGUCCUUCCGUUGCCUUCCUGAGUGGCUUCGGGAAAUCGAACAAUAUGCCAGCAACAAGGUCAUCACUGUGCUAGUGGGCAACAAGAUUGAUCUGGCUGAAAGGAGAGAGGUCUCUCAGCAGAGAGCUGAAGAAUUCUCAGAAGCCCAGGACAUGUAUUAUCUGGAGACUUCAGCCAAGGAAUCUGAUAACGUGGAGAAACUCUUCCUUGACUUAGCGUGCCGACUCAUCAGUGAAGCCCGGCGGAACACGCUUGUGAACAAUGUUUCCUCCCCUUUACCUGGAGAAGGGAAAAGCAUCAGCUAUUUGACUUGUUGUAAUUUCAACUAAGGGCCGAGGCGAGGAGAAAAAGGAAUCGGCAGCCGCCCUGGGGGGCCACCAGUUGCUGGGCAGAUCUGGCGAUGGCUGUGGCUCCUGCUCUUGGACCUUCUGGUGCCUGUGGGCUCCUCAGCUUCCAAAGCAUGGCAGGCCCCGGGACUUGUCCACAGGCCAGCAUUAGCAGAACAUAAAAUGGUCUCACCCUUUUGCAGUCUGGAGUUGGAGCAAAGCAAAAUUCGCACUAAGCGCUCCUUGAUCUGCAGAGCAUGUUGCUUGGGUUUCUUAACAAGCAAAUAAAGGCGCAUUCCUGAAUGCAGUCCACGGGGACAUGGACGCUAGGAAUCCCUCUUGCACACCAGUGGGUGCAUGUGGGGGGCUUCAGUGGUUCUCCCUGGGGGCCUGGUUUUCCCGUCUGCCAGAUCCACCCAAACCGGGAAGGCCAAGUACUUUCUCCAUGGUGUGUGUUGGUAACUCCAUGGAGAUUUUUAAAAGUGUUCUUUUUCUUGUCCACAGGCACUUUCAUGGACUUUGGGACGUCAAAAGGAAAUGAAAUCGUUACCCCGUGACCAACAGUCACGGUCAUUGUUAAUGCACACAAGCUCCGUGACGCCUUUUGGUGCUAACAGUUCCAUAUGUCACAGACCAAAUGGUUUAGCCCAUUGAUGUCCUUACAUGGAUUCCCAGAAAUAAAAGACAUGGGGGAAGUCCAUAAAUCAGCACUCUUUCUCAACGCUUCAUUACUACUUUCUCGAGGGGGGGUUUGUUGGGAAAGGAAAUGCUUUUUCUUUCAUGUUUCUCUCCAAAUAGCUAUUCUGCUCCAGGCCUUUUUGUAUCCUCUCAUCUCUCCUGACCUUACAGUAUGUGAAAAAGUUUUAAAAAUGAAAAGAAAUAACAAUAUGAGUGACUGAUGACGUUCCUAUACAAUAGAAGGUGAGCGCUAAGACGCUGAGUAGCCUGGGAAAACAUACCAGACGUGACCAAAAAACUGCGGUUGGGUGGACUGCAGAGCAGGGUUGCAAGCAGAGCACAGCCCCCCCAUGUCCCAUUCCAUCUUUUCCUUCUUGGUCCUGCCCUUCUGGACAGACCAAGGCUUAGGAUUUUGUAGAUGUUUCCACUAUGAUGGUAAGUAAGAAUAGCAACAGAGGGGGAGUCUCACAAACCCUUCCGUACAUGCCAUCUAUCUCCCUCAGAAAAUUCUGCUUGUGGAAGCAGGUUGACCUGUCGUUUGUCACCUCCCUCAUGUAGUGACCUUAGUUGCAAAUUCAUGACCAUACUUCAAUCCUGUUUUUCUUUCUCCCUCUCAGCUUUUUCUCUUUCCCUCUCCCUUUCUCCCCACAUCAACUCCCUUUCUUAUAUGCAUGUGUUGUUAACAAUCUCCAAUCAGAUGGGAGGUGUGUAUGCCUUUAUUAGCCAAUUCCCCAAACAGAAGACGUGUGGCUGAAUCUGUCACUAUUGCUUCAGUGCCAUAUUUUGAUACCUUCCAAUUGCUUUGCUGUUUAAAUGCAAAUUGGGGGAAUAAUUAAACAUGUAUCCUGUUGAUGUUUUCAGAUGUCGCUGUCGUUUGCUGCUUAGCAUAACUCGAGGGACGGGGGAUGGAAUAAGGGUACGCCAUGUAUUUCCACUGUUGCGGACGGUGACACCUGCCAGUCCCGGCGGACUGCUGUUAGAACUCCGUUUGAAAGAAAUGAACCACGUGGAGACAUGAUAUUGAUAAACUACUUCUGGGACUAAUCAAGCUGCUCUCAGAGCGACCAGGCUCCUCCACACGGUGCCUCCGAGACUGCUUUUGGUUGGCCUCCCUGUGUUUAUCAGACGAGAUCGGGCGCGUUCAGGGUGGUAUGGCAGUAGACGGCCUCCCUGUGAUUAUCACUGCGCAGGAGAAAGGGAUCGCAGUGUCAUUUUUCUUUUCAGAAGCAAUCUCCACAGGAAAGAGAAAUCAUAUUAACAACAACUAAAAAAAUCAUUUAACAAAACCCAGUCAAAACAGUUUAUAAUAAUCAUUGCCUUUCCCACCGAGUGAGCACGUCACUGGGGUGAGAAACCAAGCACAGCAAAGCCGACGCCUGGCUUUCUGGAGCUGUUAGGAAAUGCCCUCCCCUUCUGAUUUGUUACCUUUCACUCAGAGCAAGGGCCCAGUGUCCCCAACACUGGAGCAUGACCCAAGUGUUGUGAAUGAAGUUGCUUUGCAAAGAAUUUGUUAGAAUGGACAGAUUUAAUUGUACAUAACAGCUUCUAGAGCCACACUUAAAUGCUGAAAGUCUUAUUCCUUAGCGCUCAGCCUCUUCCGGCUACCCUUACUUGACUGUCUAAGAAGGAGACAAGAGAGCUCUGCCUUGGGCUGCUUUCUCCCUGACAACUCCUCUCAGCCUCUCCAGGCUUAUAGUUAGUUACCUAGCCUGGGCCAACCAGCAGGGGCCUAUGAGAAAGGGGGCUUUAUUUCUCUUUGUUCCUUCGUUGAGUGGAUUCCAGAUUAGAUUUUAUGAACACUUGUUCAAUGAUAUAUCUCAAACUUGAGAACAGUCCCUGUUUAUAUUGUACAUAUUCAGUAACCGUUAAUAGAAUAAAUGACUUAGUGCCGAGAGGAGCUUUUUUGGUUAAAUAGAAAUUCAAGUACAACUUGAGAAAUGACACCAGUUAAAUGAAGCCAUCUUAGCGCAGGCCAAGAGCUAAACAGUUCUAUUUGCUGUGAGGCUAACUUCUAAGAGGAGCCUGCGUCAGAUACAAAUGAAUUCUUGUGAGUGGCGGAUGAACGCUGCUGCUUCACAACUGCUUUGGCCUGUCGGACUCCUAGGGUUCAUUUCUUCCAUUUCUGGUAAAAACCUUUAUUCUUGCAAAUCAUGUCAUCAAAUAUGUGGAAAAAGUUGCCAUUUCCAAUAAAAAUACAUCAUGUUCACGGCAUGGAA